AUGGGAAAUAAAAAACUGUGCAAUGCGGCUUGGACUGUGAAAAAAUUAGCGGUGGAGGACAUGGGAGCCGAUGUGUGGGAAGAUGAAGAUGAAGUCAAUUAUUUAGAUGAUGAUGAGGAUGACGACGCCGACGACGACGACAGCGAUGAAGAAGACGAUGCUGAUAUUGAAGAUGUGGAAGAAGAAGACGAGAGCGAAGGCAACGACGACGAAGAUGAUUAA